ACGCGAUUUAUUCGAAUACAAAAAAAGAGGAAAUGACAAUUCGACAUUUACCCAGUGAUUAAAAACGUUUUUGCAAUACAGUGCUUAACUGUCUUUGCGCAGCAGCCCCCGUGUUACACGUGCUCAUAAUAAGAGUAAGAAUAACACUAAUAAAAAAGAAAGUGUAAAAGCACAAAUGUUCAAAAAUGAAAUUACAAACAUAUUACAUGGUAACAUAGUAACUUUUUGCAUAGAGCGAACAGGGACAUUUAAACCAGUGUUCAUUUUAAAGCAUACCGCAACAAAUACAACACAGAUAUUUUGUAUGUAUUUUGUCAUUGUCUUCUUGUCUGGUCUGAUGAAAAUGUUUUCACGGUGCAAAAGGCUCAGAGCAUUGAUUCCCUCUACGGGUACUCUCCCUCAGGGGUAUGGCAAAAAAAAAAAAACCCGAGGAGAGAUCGUUCCAACGAACGGUUUACUAAGCGAACAAUGCGUAAAAUAUACAAUUACUAGUCAUUCUGUCUCCCAUGCACAAGGACUACAGUUCAAGACAAAGCACUUAAACGUUAGUGUUAUUUUGAAUAUAUAAACCACACGGCUCAACGUGUUGUAUUGGCCCCUAUAACGACAAAGAGGUGGAAUGAUCCAGUGUUGAAAGCAAGGCUGCUCCAGCGCGGUUUGUUUUCAUCUAAGCAGGGCAGGGGCGGCUGUCGGGCUGGAGGGGAAACUGGGAGUCGUAUAACGGAUAUAAUCGCUCCCACCAUUUCAAAACAUAGCUAGUUGUUUGGCAACGGUCUGCCAUGGCUCUGUGCGGCAGUGUCGGAGCCUUGGCGUUACCGAACGAGCUUAUCGUCCACAUCUUUUCUUUCUUGUCCGACCGGGAUAAACUGCGGGCCUCUGCCGUCUGCUCUCGAUGGAGGGAGUGUCUGUUCUACCCCGCACUGUGGACGGAGCUCAAGUUGAGUGUCCGCGGCGGAUCUGGAUCCGAGGAGACGCAGAGGUUAGAAUUUCUCAUGCGGAGAUUCGGCUCGUUUGUGCUGGAGCUGGAGUUUGCCUCUGUUGACGGAUACCUGAGCCCUUUACAGACGGAGUCUGUCGAAGGCGACCCACAGUUUCCUGAGCGCUGGAGAGAUGCAGUAACCACAUAUCUCGACCAGGUGUUGUGUGUACUUGGCAGUCUUCGUAAUAACAGAAAUCUCCAGAAGCUGAGUCUGCGUGGGGAUACGUGCAUUCUUCACGACGACAGCAUCUUCGACAGCUCUUACCUCAGCCAGGUCGACCAAGGAGGCAAGAAAAAAGAGAUCCAGCAGCUGUUUGAGGAGAUCCUGUCGAACAGCAGGCAGCUGAAGUGGCUGUCCUCUUCCUUUAUGCUUGGCGUCGUGACCCCUUGCUCCCUCUCAUCCCUGUCCAACCCCAGCGCUGAAACUCUGGAGCACCUCAGUCUGCUGGACAACCAGCUUCCCAGCCUGGUGAGCUCAAUCGAGCUUGAGCGUCUUGUUCACCUGCGCUCCCUCUCUCUCGACUUCUGUGACUUCACCUCCGUCAUAUGCCGGCUGCUUGCGGACAACAACCGUGUGCCUCUCCAUCGUCUCUCUCUGCUGCUCGACGGUGCCGCUCUGGAGGGCAAGCCACUGGAUGGCACUGCCAGCGAAGACGAUCUGAAGGUCCUUGUACGGCGCAGCGCUGGCCUCCGUGUCUACCUGAUGGCCCUGGAUGUGUGCAGCCAGGACCUGCUGCGGGUGCUGAAGCCCAGUUUGCCUCUGGAGCGCCUCCACCUGGACAGCUACAACACGCUGGUGACGGACGGUGUCCUUGAGCUCAUCUCGCUGCAGUACUGCAAAACCCUCACCCACUUUGUCUUGAUGAGGGACGACGCCAGCUUCCCCGACCUGAGCAUCAACCGAAACGAGGACCCACUGGUGCUUCUGGCCUGGCGCUGUAUUCAUCUCGCGGUUCUGAUUAUCCAUGGUUACACAGUGUGGUCCCACAACCUAGUUGCCAUUUCUCGCUUGCGUGGGUCCAACCUCAGAGUGCUGUCCGUGUCGGAGGAGAGCAUCGACUUUGACCCAGAGCAGUCUGAGUGCAUCGAAGGCGACCCUGUCCACAAUCUGGUUAAGGAAGUCUCUCAGGGGCUGGGCCGUGUCUGGCAUCUCUCCAUGGACAACAGCGCGGUCCUAAAUGAGCCCACCCACCACUUUCACCGUGAAGUGCAGACCUUCAGCGGGGCCUGUGUAAACCUGACAGGGCCUGCAUAGACCUGUUGGGGCCUAUUCCUCUGCACUUCUCCCACGUGGUGUUUGAUGAUAUCCCACCCAAUGGGCUCUGUUGCAUUUUACAUUUUUUGGGGGGAGGCGGAUUUUGUUUUUCCUUGUAGUGUGAAUUAAUCCUUUGUAUGUGCUGUGCUUAACCAGUAUUAGCUCUAUAUUUAUAUCUAUCUAUAUAUCCUGCUUAUCAAUGGGAAAAGUAUAGUCGGGUAUUGGUUUAGUAGCUAAUCGAGUGAAUGGUGGAGAGGGGCUUUUUACACAGCUAGCUUAAGAGUUGUAUGGAGUAGUUUGCUUUGUUCGCCUGUUUCUGUGUUGUUUUUCUCUUAGAGAGUGUGGAGUUACCUCAGAGUAUCAGUUGCUCCAUCCUGGCUAUGACAGAAUCCCGCAGAUUUGUCGAUCUUCUAUAGGGAUAUUAGUCUUCCAGCCGAGGGACACGGCUGAUGGCCAUUGGUUAGAACCCUGCAGCCUUCCUCUUUGUUCAUCAAUUCCUAAUUGUUAUUUGAAUAUGUUGUCAUUGUUGAGGAACGAUGAUAAUGAUGAUGAUGAUGAUGAUUUAAGAUGGUGUUAUUAGGGAUAAAGAUCCCACUUGUUUUUCCUCAACCUGGAAGUGGACACACUUCUGCGAUUGGUGAAACCAAUAGCUGAGGCUUCCAGACUGGCGCUACAAAAGCCCUGUCUGCUGAGUACCCUGCAGCACAAAUUCUAGAGCUCUGUCUCCAAUCCCCUCAGUCUGUCUCAGGUAGGCACAAACACCACAACCUUGAAGAUGAUGGUGGUGAGGAGGAUGAAUGAGAACAAUCAGCUAUUCACUCGGUUUAAUCCGUUUCACUUGAGUCACAGUUGCCUUGGAACCCCCCCACACACUCGUUUAUUAUAGUCCUGGAUUCAGUCAGUUCACCAUUAAUAUUGCCUGUUCUAGACCAGCAGUCAUCUAGUGCAUUAUUCCUAUGUAGACCUGUAUGAACGGUGUCAUGUAAGUAUCAGGAGGUCCUAGUUAGCAGCCCUGCAGAGUGUUGGGUGGUAACGGGCAGUUGCUAUUUUUUUCCAUAUCUCAGGAUUCCUGUCCUUCUGGCUCUUUUCCAGUAAAGGCUUUUCUUCGAGCUGUUUGUUCCUAGUCUGUGCGCUUAAUAGGCAAGAUGGAAUGGUUGUGUGUUCUUUCUUUAUGAAAAUAGCUCUUCCAAACGUAUGUGCUUUACAGGUAAUUUUGUUUUUAUUUAUUUUUCUCUCAAGUUUGUCUGCUAUAUGCUUUUACUUGGCUCUUUCUGUUCUGUUUGCCAUUUUAAAGCUCCUAGUGAAAGGAAACUGGUGUGGUUGCUUGCUUAGCAUGAAUGAAUGUUGAACAACAGUUGUCCUAAAGGUGGUGAUGUUUCUCUGCAAGCUUCUCCUUUUGAAAGCAUAUCUUAUUUUCUCAUGCUUGAUGCAGCAAUAGUCAGACAGAAAUGCAAUCUGGCAGGACACAAGCAUUAUUAGCAGGUAAAAUCUCAUGGUUUUUAUCUGUAAAGUUGAGGAAUCUCCUAUCCUUCGGUUGAUGUACAUGGUAAAAUCAGGUUUGAAACUGUAGCCACAAACCAUCCUUCCUGGAAGACCUGUUUUUAUGCUUGGCUGUCACAGCUCAAGCAGUUACAGUAAACAAUCUUCAUAUGCAGGUCAGGAGAUCUGAGCCAUUAUCUUAGCAACAUCAGAUCUUGUAGAACCUCAUCCGCUAUCCAAAAAAGUCUAAAAAGCUGAAAAGCAAUCAAACCAAUGAGAUCUGCCAGCUCAGAGCAGCCUGCAUGUAACGUGCCUCUGUAGGUGAGCUUAACUGCAGUGUGUGCAUGAGAAACAAAGAUGCAGCUAAAGGAAUACUUAUUAAAAUGCAUGCCAGAGUGGGAUUCUGAUGCGUUUUUGAAAUGCCCAUUUCUAUUUUAGUACUACACCAAAAAUGAUCUAGAUAAGAUUAUUCUAUAUUUGAAAAUGUAAUAUUGUAUUUUUUGGGGUUUUUUUUUUUUGUUUUUUUUUAACUGAACAAAGUGGGUAGGGACUGGUGUCAGAGGGAGACAAUUCUGUUGGUCAGUUAAGAUACACAGAUGUUCAUGCUGUGCCUAUACUCAGAAUAGCUUUCAUUUUUCAAACCCACAGCAUUUGUGUCUCUCUGGUCAACACUGUCAUGUCUAGUGUAGCAACAGACAGGUGUUACUAUGACAUAGCAAAGUGUGUGUUCUUUUUCUUUUUAUGCUUUCUGUGUACUCAUGUAAAAGUCUGUUUCAAAGAGUGCGUGUAUCCUAGGAGGAGGUUUGUGUUCCAGAGGCGUACCACUUUCUCUGCAGUGAACAGGAAAUAGCCUUACUCAGGGUUACCGUCAGUUAAAUGGUGGAGGAGUCCAAUAGCUCAGGCCUCUAACCACGAAAGUUUCCAUACGAGAAAUCUUUACCGAGUCACUGGAUUUGACUUCAGUCGGCGCAUCCGUGUCAUCUGCCAAAGAGAACGGAAAUGCAACCUUAACGAAGUGCCCGCAUGCUGGCAGAGGCAGGGCCAUCUGAGAUUUACUACUACUAUUCUGUUCAUACAGCUACUAGUAGAGAUGAAUGGAUUUGAAGAAAGGGAGGUUUGGCCAUGUGCUAGCCACAGCUGUGCUGUGGUUUUGGUCAACAGCAGUAGAGCUCUCUUAUAAUGCACCUGUUUCACUGUGAAGAGUGAAUGUAAUUUAACUAUUGAAAAAAUCAAGGUUGGUUCUAUCAGACCUACUCUAAGCUGCUAUGAGACGUGUAAGGAACAUUCCACUGGGGAGAUAAAAACAAACUAAAAUGGCCAAAUGUCUGCAUGAAAUGACUAUUUUUUUACUCUUUUAUUCUUUUCAGGCAGGGGGGGAUUGAAGUGGGAUCCUAGCAUCAGCAGCCAGCUGGUCUUUAGGUAAAAUCUUUUAAUUGUAGGAGACAUAGUAGGUGUGAUUUGUCUCCCUCACUUGUGCUUGUGCAUAAGGAGGAUCUUUGUUGUUCUGAAGUGAGUAGACCAGUCAGUUACAACUCAGUUGGAUCCCAGACAUGUUUUUUUUUUUCCUUUAUUUUGGAGAUGUGGGUGGGUAAUGUUUAAUUUUGGAAGUGUUAUAUGCAUUCACAAUCCAAAUCUCUGUUGUAGUAAAUAAGAAAACUGUAACUACAGUGGGCUGCUCUGAGGCCUGUCUGAGAGGUGAUUAAACCGUGGCCUGUGUUAGCUCAGUGAGCUUUUAUAGUAACCUUACUGCUCAAUGACCUCAUGCCAGCUGGAUGGGGAGGAUGGGAUGGAUUGGGAGGAUGGGGGCGGGGGGAGGAGACGCACUUGUUGUCUUAAGUGUGACCUAAGCAGUGGUAGAGGCUGCUGAUUGGUUUACAGGGUAUAUGGUUAACUUCUCUACUAGGUGGCUUAAGCCAGACGACCACUGUAUGUUGAACAACAAGGCUGGUGACAGGUCUCCUCUCCCCUCACUCUCUUCACAACUGGCUCACAUUACAACAAAGUCAAAAACUAUGCAAGUGGAAUGCAUAUGAUCCAGUGGUUGACAUUUUUUUCAGUCACUCAUAAAUGAAAAAUGACUUGCAAUUAUACUUGGCCUUAUUAUUAUCAUUAUUAUUAUUAUUAUUGUUGUUAUUUUAAGAUCUUGAUUCUUCGGAAGCCAAUUCAGUUUCAGGGGCGACCGUGGGCACAGACAUGGUCUCUAUGAGACUGGCCAACAGGCCCCAGUUCUAAGUGGUACGAAUGUUGUGCAUUUGUUUAAAAUCAGGACAGUUUGCAAUAAAGUGGCCAUCAUGGGGCACAAGCAGUGCUAAGACCAAGC